AUGGACGACUUCGAGAUAGACCUAACUGGUGUCGGCACACCCAUGAUGCAAGACAAUGUCGAACUCGUUGAUGAGAUCUCAUAUGAUGCGGACCUUCCAGACGCUCAGGCCAGCGCGCAGUCUCCCCAGUCUGUAGCCAUGGAUCAUGAUGAUGCCGAAGAGAUGGCGGACGCCUUGCUGGAAGACGCUGAAUAUGACUUGGAACACAAUGAGCACAACUUAGAUCUUCAGGAUGUAGAAGUCGAUACUGAGUUUGUUCCUCAAACUGCAGAUGCUUCUUUGGUAGACGCUUAUCAGCAUGAACUUCAAUUUACCGGCAAUUUGGAAUAUGAGACUCCCCAAGACUUGGCUGGUUCUAUGGAAAACGCUUCCGUCCCUGAAAUCGCUAAUGCUUCCAUGAGUGUAUCGGGAUCUAUGGAUGCAGCACAAGUGACAUGGGUCACUGCCAAUGAUGAGACUGCCCAAUCUGCAGAUGCUUUGCCCGCUCCCGCCAAUAACCACCACCAUCCUGAUCCGGAGAUAUCGUAUGAUCCUGGCGACCCUGAUGACGGCAAUCUUGUAGAUCCAUCAACGCGUCAAAGUCUUCCGCGACCUGACGCCGAGGCCGAAUCUACUUCGCAGACUAACACACAUCAAGAUCUUCACUCCGAAGGCGAUAGCAGCUCCAAGCUCGAGAAUAAGCCAGAGACUUCUAAUGAGGGAGCCACUACCGAUAGCUACUCCAAAUCGCAUGAACGCAUUUUAGACAACUGCGAAAGCCAUGAAGGCCAUCGUGACGAAGAUAUUCCCAACGUAGAUUCUGUCACGCAAGUUGUGGAUGGCAAUUCGAAUGACACUAGUUCGUUAAAUACUGCUCCUGAACCGAAACAAGUCGAGUCACUCCAUCCAAUUCUUGCAGAUUGGGACGAUGAGAGAGAUUGGUUGUUUCAGCCAAAUGCAUCAGAAGAGCAUCAAGGCUUCUACCUUGAGCAAUCAGCCUUAGCUCACGAAAGCUUUCCUAUAUUGUUUGCAGAGUUACGGAACGCACUCGGUGGCGAUCUCGGAAACACUGAAGAGCUCGAGAUCGAUAUCCCUGUGUUCAACACUAUCGUGCGUGAGGAUGCUUGUAAGGAUGCGUGUACCCUCGCAGACUUCGUGAACAUGUACGUGCAAUUGCACGAACUCGAUGGCAAUUCAACACCAGGACCGUUCGAAGUAGUUCUACGUCGACGCACAAGAUUUGCCACUAGAUUGGCACAAAUUCGAGAAGCCAUAUCUUCCAAACAAGGUUUGUCGCAAUUAAAGUUCCUAAGAGACUCGACUACGGUCGAUAGCAGUGAAUACUUGGAGGAAGAUGACGAUCAAAAAAGUGACGUUAGCAGUUCCGAAGGCGAAGAAUUGUACAAUGCCACAGAGGCAAAAGCGUCUAUGAAAAAACCGGAACUACAUAGUGAUGAUGUCGACCAUGCAGGAGAAGAAGAAGAACAAGAAGAACAAGAAGAGGAUGGAACUGCACUCAUUGACGAAGCUGAUGCGGCAAAGAGCGUUUUGAUCACUGAGCUAGUGGACGCAAACGAAGUGACUGGAGACAGCUUGACUGAACAGUAUGAAGAACAUUCCGAGCAUGAUACAGAAAAUGUUCUACCUGGAGAGCACGAUGAGGUUCACUGGCAAGACGACGGGCUCGAUGAAACUGAGAACAACAACACGGCUUCUGAAACCGCACCUCCGGAACUCGAUGAGGUAACACUAGAAGCAGACUCAGAGAACCAUUCCAGGAAGCCUUCUACGCCCAAUAAUGUAUUGUUGACAGAUCCACACGCAGAGGGGGAUAGCUACUCUGAGCAAUACUUGGAAACGUCACAUACCAAGGAGAUUCAGCACGAAGAUCACGGUGACUUGAUAAACUUCGGUAAUGAGAACGAGGUAUGCGAAAAUACCAGCGCUACGACCGAGGAACAUUCCGGAGCAGUGGAACGCAUUGUGACACCUCUCAAUGAUUCUGUGCCGGCUGAACUCGAGUCUAAAAAUGAGUCAACCACUGCACAAUUGUUGGCUGAAGAUGAUUUGAUUGAUUAUGACGACGAAGAAGACGAGCAAGCAGCAGCUCAAGCUGAUUCGCCGUCAGCAACAUCAACACCGACAGUCCAAGGGGAUGAACCAAGCAUUCAGAUCCAGACACCCGAAAAAGAGACCUCUUCGCCACCAUAUAAGCGCAGUCGCGAAUCUGACGAAGACAACUUGCGGGGCGAUCCCGAUAUCAAGAAGCACAAAUCUGGAUGA